CGGCGGAGAAGUUGAGUCGGAGCCGCCGCAAGUGUCCCGCCGAGCGGCCCCGAGACCUACCGGGGCUCGCCACCGCCUGCUCGCCCUCGCCACCGUUAACCGACCCCUCCCCAAGCAACAAGAUGGCUGAGAGCGGCCUCCCCGCGGGAUGGAGGUAGCUGGCCCUCGGCGGAGCCGGCGUGCGGGGAGGCUUUCUGGCCGCCGUGCUGCAGAUCCUCCCGCGCCGCUGGUGGGGCAGGCGGCUCUGGUUCGGUAGGCGCAGGAGGGAUCCGUGCCCAGCCUCACUCACACCUUUCGUGCUCUUUGCGGUUGGCUUGACCCGUCUUUCCUAUGGCUGGGAUAUACAGCUCUACUCUGAAGACCCUGGAGGAUUUAACUUUGGACUCUGGUUAUGGGGCAGGGGAUUCCUGCAGGUCCCUUAGUCUCUCUUCUUCCAAGUCCAACUCCCAAGCCUUCACCUCUUCUCAGCACAGAGGCAACUGGUGGUACUACUCGGGCUCCAUGAACAGUAGGAACAACAGCUGGGAUACUGUGAACACCGUUCUGCCGGAAGACCCCGAGGUUGCAGAUAUCUUUUCCAAGUGUCCUAAGCUGCCGGAUCUAGAGGAAUACCCUUGGACUGAUGAAGACAUUGGAAAAAUACUCCGAAAAGGGAAGGGAGAUGGCAAUACCAGAACCUUUUCUCAGGAAGCUGUCAGGCGGCUCUCGCAGCUGCUGAGGCGUGCCUUGAUCAGGGUCUCCAGGGAAGCUCAGCGGCUCAGCGUGAUGCACUCCAAGUGCACCAGGUUUGAGGUGCAGAGCGCUAUCAAGCUCAUCCAGAGCUGGUCGCUCUCCGAAAGCUGUGUCUUGGCGACUGUCAAGGCUCUGUCUCUGUACAGCAUGAGUGCCGGAGAUGGACUGAGGAAAGGUAAAUCGGCCAGGUGCGGCCUCACCUUCUCAGUGGGGAGGUUUUUCAGGUGGAUGGUGGACACCAGGAUCUCGGUUAGGAUCCACGAGUACGCAGCCAUUUCUUUAACCGCUUGCAUGGAAAACCUCGUCGAAGAGAUUAAGGCUAGGGUUUUGGCAAGUCAGAGCCCGGAUGGUGGAGGAGGGGAGAUCUCAGCUGAAAUCCUGGAGAUGGUUAUCAACAAUGAUGCUGAACUUUGGGGAGUGUUGCAACCUUACGAGCACCUCAUCUGUGGGAAAAAUGCUAAUGGUGUCCUGUCCCUGCCUGCCUACUUCAGCCCCUACAACGACGGCUCCGUGAGCAGCGAUGGACGGGCUGAUGCUUAUGCCCAGCUGGAACUCCGAACUUUAGAGCAAUCUCUGUUGGCAACUUGUGUUGGGAGCAUCUCUGAACUGAGUGAUUUGGUGUCCCGAGCGAUGCACCACAUGCAGUGCCUGAACACCAUCCGCCCAGGGAUGAGCCCCAUCCGGCAACCCCGGCAGCAGCAGCCCAUCUCCUGGUCCCCCGAUGCUCUCCACACCCUCUACUACUUCCUACGCUGUCCUCAGAUGGAGUCCAUGGAGAACCCCAACCUCGACCCUCCGAGAAUGACCCUGAACAACGAACGACCCUUCAUGCUUCUGCCACCACUGAUGGAGUGGAUGCGAGUGGCCAUCACCUACGCUGAGCACCGGCGCAGUUUGACUGUGGACAGUGAUGAUAUCAGGCAAACAGCCAGACUCCUCUUACCCGGACUGGACUGCGAGCCCCGGCAGCUAAAACCUGAAUGCUGCUUCAGUUCCUUCCGGAGACUGGAUGCUAAGGCUGCUACUGAAAAAUUCCAGCAGGAUCUGGGUUUCCGAAUGCUCAACUGUGGAAGGACAGAUCUGAUCAACCAAGCGAUCGAUGCACUGGGCCCUGAGGGGGUUAACACCAUGGACGAUCAGGGUAUGACCCCACUAAUGUACGCCUGCGCUGCUGGAGAUGAAGCCAUGGUCCAAAUGCUUAUAGAUGCUGGAGCAAAUUUAGAUAUACCAGUCCCCAGCACGUCUCCACGAUACCCUUCCGUCCACCCCGACAGCCGCCACUGGACCGCCCUCACCUUUGCUGUCCUACACGGGCACAUCUCUGUCGUUCAGCUGCUCUUGGACGCCGGUGCCCACGUGGAGGGCUCUGCCGUGAACAGCGGAGAGGACAACUACGCCGAGACGCCGCUCCAGCUGGCCUCAGCCGCAGGGAACUACGAACUGGUGAGCUUAUUGCUCAGUAGAGGUGCUGACCCACUCCUGAGCAUGCUGGAAGUCAACGGGAUGUCCUCGUCACUUCAUGAAGACAUGAACUGCUUCAGUCACUCGGCUGCACACGGGCACAGGAACGUUCUGCGCAAGCUCCUGACCCAGCCCCAGCAGCUGAAGGGAGAUGUCCUCUCCCUGGAGGAGAUCUUAGCUGAGGGGGUGGAGAGUGACACCUCCAGCCAGGGCAGCUCCAGCGAGGGGCAGGUCAGGCUCUGCAAAACCAGGAUGAAGGCUCUGCAGGAGGCCAUGUACUACAGCGCCGAGCACGGCUACGUGGACAUCACCAUGGAGCUCCGGGCACUCGGAGUCCCCUGGAAACUCCACGUGUGGAUCGAGUCACUGAGGACAACCUUCUACCAGUCACGCUACUCCGUCGUGCAGACCCUCUUACGGGAAUUCGUCACCAUUAAAGAAGAGGACUAUAACGAAGAACUGGUUAGCGAAGGGCUGCAACUCAUGUUCGACAUCCUCAAAACCAGCAAGAACGACUCCAUCAACCAGCAGCUUGCAGCCAUCUUCACCCACUGCUACGGCAGCAGCCCCAUCCCCAGCAUCCCCGAGAUCCGAAAGACGCUGCCAGCGCGCCUGGAUCCUCACUUUCUCAACAACAAAGAGAUGUCUGAUGUGACUUUCUUAGUGGAAGGGAAGCUGUUCUACGCGCACAAAGUCCUGCUGGUGACAGCAUCAAACAGGUUUAAGACGCUGAUGACGAAUAAAACGGAGCACGACGGCCACGGCAGCAAGACGGUGGAAAUCAGCGACAUGAAGUACAAUAUUUUCAAGAUGCUGAUGCAGUAUUUGUACUACGGAGGAACCGAAUCUAUGGAAAUUCCCACCGCUGAUAUCCUAGAGCUGUUGUCGGCUGCCAGCCUGUUCCAGCUGGAUGGUCUCCAGAGACACUGUGAAAUCCUCUGUGCCCAGACGAUCAGCUUGGAGAACUCUGUUCACAUCUAUAAAUAUGCCAAGAUUCACAACGCGCCCGAACUCGCCUCUUUCUGUGAAGGCUUCUUCCUCAAACACAUGAGCUCUCUCCUGGAGCAGGACUCGUUCAAACAGCUCAUCUACAGCAGGACCAGCAAAGUGCAGGGCCUGGACCCUCUGCGGGACUUGCAGACAGCCCUGGCUGCCCGCCUGCACUCCGUGUACGUCACCUCCAGGGUGUGAGGCAGGAGCACUGGUUCAAACUGGGGGACGCGCCGUCAGGCAAAGCUGUGGCUUCUCCUCUUUGCCUUCUGGAUCUUGCUGAAAAGUCCCCGACAAGGGAUAACCCCCCCUCCUCCCUGGGGAAGGAUGCUGUGCCUCAUCCCGCUGACGGCGGGCAGGGGGGAGCUGGCUUCUCUGGGCUACUACUGUCACAGCAACAACACCCUCACAGCAACACCUCACAGCGCAGACAGGAACCAAGGAUGCAAGUGAAGAACCCAAACCCAAGAGAAGAUCGAUGCUGCCAGUCAAACCAGCACAAGGCAGGGCUGUGGAGAAACAGGGCGAUUCACCGAGACCCAACACCUCAUACGUAGUCCAACUUCCAAGCCCACACACCGUAACGGCCACCUCGGCCACACACAUCCCUGUUUCACUUGUAAAAAAGGCUGCAGAGGAGGAGUUUUCUAACCCUAUGGAUCGCUGCCCCUGGAAUGAGUCAUCUGUCUGAACACAAAGGCUGGUGCACACAAACUGCUUCACCCGAGUCAUAAACACCAGGGUCUGCGCACGUCCAGAGACCCUGACGUCAGUUUCCCCCCAGACUGUUUGCACCUUGAGAGAGAGAGAGAGAGAUUUUGUAGAUGUUCAAAGCUGAGUAGAAACUAAUACUAACUCUGGAAUUGCCCACUCCUUAAACCUCACAUGGAGAGAGGCCGGGAGAAUUGGAGGUUUGUAUUUUUUUAAUACGGUUUCACUGUGCUAGUUGUUAAUCUAGAUCCAUUUUGAGGAGGGAAAAGAUGACUGUCUACCCUUUCACCAUCAAGGUUUGACAGUCCCAGUCACUGUCACCUUAAAAACCUGUUUCUGAACAUUGUCUGUGAGACCUGACACCAUAAAAGAUGUUUUCUAGAAGACUCAGGUGUAACAGGAGGUAGCAUGAUGCUGAAAACUCUCCUAUAGCAUAAAUAGCAAUAAAAGUCUCCCCAAGACCUCGAGGAACGUAGAGCUUGAGGGUUUGUUCUCUCUCUGGAGCUGGUUGGGAUUAGGAGCUCUGACCUUUAGUCUCUGCUUCCACAGCCUCAUCCAUGGAGUGUUCUUCCCACCAAUGAUGCUACCUCAGGAGAUACUGGGCCCAGUGCACAGCAGACUGGUUCCCAGGGGUGGGCUGCAGGCUGCCAUUCAGGUAGGGACACUUAAACAAGGUGCUCAAAUGCCCAAGAUUGACAUUUUUUGCAGCGGACAGAGGUUUCUGAUCCAGAAGGACUCAUUCUGGGCCACCUUCUACCUGAUUUAGAACUAAACAGAGACAGUUCAAUCUACAGUUUUGAGUCUGAAGCAGUGAUUUUGUGAGUGGGCUUUUUUUGUUUAUUUUAAAUAAUCCCACCUGUAGGAAGGCAGGUAGUUGUGUGAAAACACUGAUCUUGCUCUUACCCAUAGCUUUAAGGAAAGACCUUCAGAUAUUGUUAGACCCACCAAAAGCAUCUUGCUAAGGUGCUUCCGUGCGUUAUAGGCAGGUGAGGGAGAAGAGGAAGCCAAGUUCUCGGUGGAGAACUACUGCUCCAUGGAAAUCCACUGGAAGAAGGAGGCCCAGCUGGGCCCAAGCUCCACAGCACCGUGGUUUGGGCAGAUGAAGGGAAGAAGGAACUACAGCAUCUCCCCCCAAACCCCUCAGAAUCUGGCAUCGCCUCAUUCCUAAAGGAUUUACAAAUUGCACACGAGGAUACGAGUGAUUAGUCCAAGGCCAACACUCCAGUCUGUGCUUUAGGGUCACACCCCCUUCCCAAGAUCACCAGCUUCAAUAACCCUAUUUAUUCUCAGAAAGCCAUGCAGGUGUUUUCAAAAUUAUCACUGGUUUUGCCUGAAAAAUACCACAAAAGGCUUUAUCUUGGAAAGUAUUUUCCAGUAGCUGCUCCAGCUGAUCUGUACAAAUAUGUAGGUCCUCUUUUUGUUGCUGUAAUAUUACACUGCUUUUGUUAAUUGUACAUUACUGUUGUCAUUUAUGUAAAUGUACCAGGGUUUUAUUAACAACGUAAUUUUAAAAUACACAGUUGCUGUUAUUUAUUCUGCUCUUCUAAAAAAUGAGAAAAAUCCUAUUUAAAGACGCUUCUGUGCAAAAGGCCAUGGCAGUUUUAGCAUCUUAAAUUGGGUUUGGUAUAUACAGCUAAUUUUAUGCUUUAAAACCAGGGAUGAAGGAAGAAGCAUUCGCUUCCCCUCCCCGGGCUCAAACAUUUUUUGAAGUAAUAAGUCAGUGUCUAAGAAAAACGCUAAUUCUAGGCUGCUUCUCUGCAGCAGAAGAGAGGGUGAGGGUUACAGCCGCUGGUGAGCUGGGUGGAUUCAAGCAGAGCUCUGAAGUUAAAUGUUUAAUUCCCUCCCUCCCAAACGCUAACGAAGAAGAGGUGAAAGAGGAGGGUGAUACCUUCCUUUCCCACUCACCUCUGAACCCCAAAAGCUAAAACAGCUCUGCCCAGUGCACUGUGAGCAUUUAAGAACACCAUGAGGGCCAGGUGGGCAACAGCAGGGGAACAAAGGCAUUUCUUUAUCUACAAGGUAAGAAAUACGCAGGUUUAAGAGCAAAAAUCUGAUCCAGAACUAUAUUAUUUUUUAUUCCUCCCCAAAGUUUACCCCAUAAAUCUUGUGGAGCCCUGCCGCGUUUGGGGAUGACGGCUGAGGUUUAGCUCUGAAUUUGGUGCUGCCUCAACAGGACUUGGGUACAUUCUGAGGUCACCAAGCACAUCUCAGAGGAAACCAUUAACAGCCAGAACCCGCGCUCGGCUGCUGAGAAGCUCUUUGUAACCGGGUCUUUCUUUCCUUGAAUUUCCUACCACAUCUAAACAGAGGGAAGGGGGGAGCACACCUCAGUGUAGCAAGAGUUGAAAUACAGUUCUAUAAUAAACUACCAUCACAAGAGUUUCUUAGCAUUUGAUUUAGAUCAUCCAAGAGAAUUCUGCUGGGAGUGACACACGCAGGGUGCUGUCUCUCGCGC